CAUAAACUUGCCAUGUGUUAUAAUAAAAACAAUGAACAUGGCUACAAUAAUAUGCUAAAUGUUAUUAAAAGAUUCCAGUUUGCAAGAAAUCUGAGUGUCUGACUCUACACUAGAGGAACUCUUUUCUGAAGAAGAUCAGGUGCUGAGAAGCCGCCUUGUUCUACAGCACAACACUGCAUCAAGCCUCCUGUCCUUCCCUCAGAAGAGCCUGUCUUCUGCUGCUGGGCUCGAGCUCGAGGCCGUGGGGAAGCAGAUUCGCGACCUGGAACAGAAGCAGGCCCAGCUGAGAGCGGAGAGCCGCGCUGGAAUCAUCCCGGGCUGACGCUCACAAGUCCGGGGUAAGUAUACAGCGUGCUGUUAACAGUCCCACCACGUCUACUCCGUGUGUUUCUCUGAGCAGGCCCGGUGCACCCAGGACGCGAUCUUCCCAGAUGUCCUUCACUGCGACGCCGGGACACCACGGACCCUGGGUGCAUCCACAGCGGAGGACGCGAGCCGGGCCCCGAGCGACGACUUCUCCCCCUCCUGCCUUCGAGAUCUCCAUCCAGAACCGCUUCGCUCCCCUCCGUGAGACAGGACGCGACGCUGUGAUCAUCGGAGACUCCAUCGUCCGACACAUACCCGCGAUCCUGAAGGACGGCGAGAGCCCCAGAGCGGUCGUGCUUCACGCCGGGGUUAACGACACCACGCUGCGGCAGACGGAGACGCUGAAGAGGGACUUCAGGAGCCUGAUCGAGACGGUUCGCAGCACGACGCCCGCGGCGACGAUCGUCGUGUCAGGACCACUGCCCACGUAUCGACGAGGACACGAAAGGUUCAGUAGACUUUUUGCUUUAAAUGAAUGGUUGUUGUCAUGGUGUAAAGAACAGAAAUUGCUAUUUGUUAAUAACUGGAAUCUUUUCUGGGAGCGUCCUAGACUGUUUCGCGCUGAUGGAUUACACCCCAGCAGAGUCGGAGCGGAGCUGCUCUCUGACAACAUCUCCAGGACACUUCGCUCCAUGUGACUAGAUUUGCUAGUAACUAGGAUUAACUCAAGCUCCAGUCUGGAUCCAGAACACCUGAGAAGAGAUGAUGCUGACCCUCAGAGGACCUCAGAUGAUGCUAACCCUGAAUCAACAACAGAACUAACAAUUAUUGCUACAUGUGUGACUGCAUCAUAUAAUAACUAUUAAUUAAUAAUAUUGAUAGUUCAUCGUCUAGCUGACUACGUCUUGUAUUAUAAUUAUUAUUUAUUUAUUUUUUCUAAAAUCCUGUCAAACGUGAACAAACUACUAGCUACUACUAAAUAUUGUAGAAACAUUUUCUGUAAAGUUGCUUUGUAAUGUUUGUAAUGUAAUGUUGACAUUUCUUUAAAUGGUUCUUAAAUGUACAAUAUGUGCUUUGAUUUCUGAUGAUUAAGGGAAUGCGGUUUCAUUCAGUAGCAGCUCGAACAGAAAAGGAAGUAUGACCAAAUACACUUUUUCUAAAGGGAAUGACACAAUCUCCCCACGCUGCACCUCUGGUUCUGCUGUGAUCAGCUGUACGGAUGUUAACAAACUGGUGGAGUGGAGGGGAUGAUAAACCCUUAAUACUUUUGUAUAGAAGACAUAGAUUUGAGUAUUUGACCAUGUUUUCCCAACUGAGUAAUCUGUGUUUUUGUAAUAUUGGACAAUGAUGAGAAAUAAUUGGUUUCUUAUCCAGAA